ACCUGAAAAGCGUGCUAAGUGUUUCUUUAACUUCGCCACGCAUGAAGAUGCAUCUCCGAAACUGAAUGACCGGAGAACAUUCAGAAGAGACGAUGGCUCAGGCCGUGGAAACGUGUGCUGAAUCCGGACGCAGGCUGCGCUCCAUCUGCCGGAGGAUGUACGACGAAAACGAGGAUUUGUCUGAUGUGGAGGAAAUUGCAAACAUCAGGGGCUUCAGUGUGGAGGAAAAGCUUGUCAGUGACAGUUACAGCGCAAAAUUUGUCCACUUGCUGGAGGGAAAAGACUUCUCUUAUGAAUAUGUGCAAAGGGAGGCUCUCAAGGUCCCACUCAUUUUUAAAGAGAAGGAUGGACUAGGGAUCAGAAUGCCUGAUCCAGAAUUUACAAUUAGUGAAAUUAAAGGCUUAGUUGGCAGCCGUCGGCCUGUGGAUGUCAUGGACGUGAGCACUCAGAAAGGCACUGAAAUGAGCAUGGCUCAGUUUGUCCGUUAUUAUGAGACACCAGAGGCGGAGCGGGACAAACUCUUCAAUGUCAUCAGCUUAGAGUUCAGCCACACAAAGCUGGAGAACCUCAUCAAGCGGCCCACAGUGGUGGAUCAAGUGGACUGGGUGGACAACAUGUGGCCUCCUGAUCUGAAGCACAGCCAAACAGAAGCUACCAAUGUAAUCUCAGAGAUGAAGUACCCUAAAGUGCAAAGGUAUUGUCUCAUGAGUGUGAAAGGCUGCUACACAGAUUUCCACAUCGACUUUGGGGGAACUUCUGUUUGGUAUCACGUAUUUAAGGGACGGAAAGUGUUUUGGCUGGUGCCUCCAACCCCUCAUAACCUUGCCCUUUAUGAGGACUGGGUCCUGUCAGGCAAGCAGAGUGAUAUCUUUCUGGGAGACCGAGCUGAUGGAUGCCAGAGAGUGGAGCUUAAGCAAGGAUACACCUUCUUCAUCCCAUCUGGGUGGAUCCAUGCUGUCUACACUCCUGAGGACACACUGGUGUUUGGAGGCAACAUUCUGCACAGCUUCAACAUUCCUAUGCAGCUGACCAUCCAUGAAAUAGAGAACAGGACGAAGGUUCAUUCCAAGUUCCGUUUCCCGUUCUACUAUGAGAUCUGCUGGUAUGUCCUGGAGAGGUACCUGCACUGCCUGACCAAACGCUCCUACCUGUCAAUCCGCAAAGAGCCCGUUGUAACGGAUAAUGAGACGAAGGCAAACACAGAGAGCCCCUCCUCUGACUCGAGGAGCCAGGACAUGAACGAGGACUCGUGUGAGAUUCAGGUCAGGGAUGACCAGGGUGAAAAAUCUGAGCGAGUCGCGCAGGAUGGCCCCUGCUCUCCAGACAACCGGAGGGGCCAGCACCUCAAAGCCGUCUUGUCUGUUGACUCGGAGGACAGCUGUAAUCCUGGCUCCACCUCUCUAGAUUUCCCCCAAACCCCCUCUGACUCUCCAGCCUCGGAGUUGCAGAGUAAAUGGACGCAUUUGACCGAGUUUGAACUGAGCGGGCUCAGGACUCUGGUCGAGAAGCUGGAGUCGCUCCCUGAAAACAAGAAAUGUGUUCCAGAGGGAAUAGAAAACCCGCAGGCGCUGCUGGAAGACAUGAAGGUUGUCUUGAAAGAACAUGUCGAUGACGACCCCAAAUUAGCUAUCAGUGGAGUUCCUGUGGUGUACUGGCCUAAGAAAACUAUAAAGCCCCGGCCUCCCAACCGGCCGAAACCUAAGAUGGCAGCUUCUCCUGCAUCAGCAGUCAAGCUGUCAGCCAGCCGAGGAACAUCUGGUGCCAGGAGGAGAAGGACGCGCUGUCGGAAGUGUGAGGCAUGCCUGCGGACAGAGUGUGGAGAGUGCCACUUCUGUAAAGACAUGAAGAAGUUCGGUGGGCCGGGCCGUAUGAAGCAGUCCUGCAUCAUGAGGCAGUGCAUCGCACCCGUCCUGCCGCACACAGCUGUGUGUCUCAUCUGUGGUGAGGCAGGGAAAGAGGACACGGUGGAGGAUGAGGAAGAAAAGUUUAACCUUAUGCUCAUGGAGUGCUCCAUCUGCAAUGAGAUUGUCCAUCCAAACUGUCUUAAGGUAAAAGAUUCAAACGGAGUAGUCAACGAUGAGUUGCCAAACUGCUGGGAGUGUCCAAAGUGCAACCAUGCAGGAAAAACAGGGAAACAAAAAAGGGGGCCAGGAUUUAAGUACGCGUCAAACCUCCCUGGCUCGCUGCUGAAAGAACCACGCUUAAACCGGGACUCAAAAGAGGAGCCUGACCCGCCGAUGAUAACUGCCGCAACUGUUACUGCUCUGACUGCAACGUCCGCUGUGAAGAGAAAGGCAGAGCGGGAAGAGUGCCCAAAGAGGAAAGAGGAAGAACCUCCAAAGAAACGUCCUCCCCUGUUGUCUCUAGAUGGUACACCCCGACCGAGGCUUGAGGACAACCCACUGAGGAAAAAGAGGAAACUCUUUGACACCAGUGAUGAACCUGUCUUUGUGAAAAAGAAGAAGAAGCUUUCAAAACCGGAGGAUCCCUUGACUCCAAAGCUGUUCGGUCAAAUCAAGACAGAGAACGAUCACGGCGAUGAAGACGACGACCAGGACGAUCACGACGAAGAUGGAUUGUCCUUGGACAGGAUUCACGUGAAGGAGAAGAAUGAGUAUGAUGACGAGGACCAAGACGAAGACGAGGAGGGAGAGGAAGAGGAGACGGUGAAAAGAGAGAGAGACAGUAGUGCAGAGGACAAAGCCAAGGUUCUGUUAAGUCCACUGCUAAGAACAUCCGCAGCCAGAGAAAGCGACCAGUCGUCCUCCAACUCUCCCAGAGCCGGACCAAGCAGCGAAUCAGGAGAUGCUCAAGAGAGGAGCUCUGCUCUGCUGAAGGCUCGCCAUCAACGCCGACGCCUGCCCAACAAAGAGCUGAGCAAAGAGUUCAACCAGGAGAUUCCCAAGACAGAAGACUGCCUGUCCAACCAGAACCACGGUUCAGUGAAGACGGAGGACGGCCCAGCCAAUCACAACAGACGACCGCUGAAGAGUGAGGACUCUGUGACCAAUCAGAACCGUAAAGCACUAAAAACGGAGGACUCCGCAACUAAUCAGAGCCGCAGGGCGCUUAAGAUGGAGGAAGGUCUGGCCAAUCAAAACAGACGGCCACUGAAAACAGAGGACGGCCUGGCCAAUCAAAACCACAGGCCUGUAAAGUCCGAACCAGAUAACGAAAUGGACGACCAAAAGCCGAGGUGGCCUCUUAAUAACGGCAGCAGCGACCUGGGUGACUGGCUGCGACACAGGGGGCGGGAGGUGAGCGAGACGCCGCGCGGUUACUCGCCCCUCAGCUGGAACCGAAGCACGCCGAUCACAUCGAUAUGCCCCCGCCCGCUCCCCUGUCGGUCGCCGCCAAAAUGUAUCCAAAUGGAGCGCCACGUGAUCCGGCCCCCUCCCAUCAGCCCGCCGCCCGACAGGCUGCCACUGAACGACGACGAAGCGCACGUGAUGCGAAGAGAGAUGUGGAUGACAGUAUUCAGUCACCUGACCCACAGAGACCUUUGUGUCUGCAUGCGCGUGUGCAGGACCUGGAACAGAUGGUGCUGCGACAAGAGGCUUUGGAAGCACAUCAAUCUGAACCGCUGCAAGUCCAUCACGCCUCUCAUGCUGAGCGGUAUCAUCCGGAGGCAGCCAGCAGCCCUGGACCUCAGCUGGACCAACAUCUCCAAGAAACAGCUCAGCUGGCUCAUCAACAGACUGCCAGGUCUGCGUGUGCUGCUGUUGUCAGGGUGCUCCUGGGUGGCGGUCUCUGCUCUGUGCACCUCCAGCUGUCCUCUGCUGCGAACUCUGGAUGUUCAGUGGGUCGAGGGGCUGAAAGACGCCCAGAUGCGGGACCUUCUGUCGCCUCCCACAGAUAACAGGCCAGGUCAGCUGGACAACAGGAGCAAGCUGCGUAAUGUGGAGGACCUGCGUCUGGCGGGCUUGGACAUCACUGACACGUCUCUGCGCCUCAUCAUACGUUACAUGCCCUCGUUGUCCAAGCUGGACCUCAGCUACUGCAACCACGUCACCGACCAGUCCGUCAACAUCCUGACUGCUGCGGGGACGACCACCAGAGACUCGCUCACUGACAUCAACCUGUCAGUCUGUAACAGGGUCACGGACCAGUCGCUGACCUAUUUCAAGCGCUGUGGAAGCAUAUGUCACAUCGACCUGCGAUACUGCAAGCAGGUGACCAAGGAGGGAUGCGACCAGUUCAUCGCAGAGAUGUCCGUCAGCGUGCAGUUUGAACUGAUAGAAGAGAAACUGCUGCAAAAGAUCAGUUAGGCCGAGGAAUGUGGAGAAGACUGUGUGACAUUGACAAGUGGUAGAACUACUGUCCACAUGGAGGCAGCAGACGACUGUGCGCUCGCCGGGAAUGGUGCUGCGUUCCAUGAACGUCUGCAGACGCUGUCUGUUCCUGUAAAGCAGAUGUAAAGGGAAGCUGUGCUGCUAAGCCAGAAUGUAAAAAUGGAAAUCUGAUCCCCUGAAGGCAAUAUUGCAAAAAUGUUUUUGUUGUUGUUUGCACCUGUUUAUAAGUUAUUUAUUUCUUUAUAUUGAUUGUUUGUGUACUGUAUCAUGAUUAUCUUUUGGUGUUUAGAGACUAUUUUUUGUUCCAAUGCAAAGUUUAUUGCAUUAUAGAGUAAUAUUUUUGUAUCAGAAAGUGUUUCAUACAUUUAUGUGCAGUAUUGAUUGCACCACUGUACGGUAUCAUACCAUUGAAACUGAUAAUCAAUUACUGUUAAGCUCUUUAUUGUUGAGAGGCAAAGGUCUAAAUUUGUUGCCAAACUGUAGGAUGGUAGCUUUUGUU